AUGUACGCCAUCGGCACCCAGGAGGCAUGCCGCUCGAUAGAGAUGUCGCUGCUGCUGCCCUCAAAGGCAAAGUGGGAGGCGAAGCUUCGCGAGGCGCUCGGGGGCGAGUACGUUUGUGUCGCCUCGCACACACUCGCGGCGAUCCACCUCGCGUUGUUUGUGCGCCGCGGCCUGCUCCCCUCGAUCAGCCACGUGCGAACAGCCCAUGUCGCCACUGGCAUUGGCAAUGCGCUCGGCAACAAAGGCGGCGUCGGUGUAUCGCUCAGCCUGGGCCAAACGACGAUGCUGUUUGUCAACAGUCACCUCGCAGCGCACACGAGCGCAGUAGCGCAGCGCAACGCCGACUACCGCCGGAUCGACACACAACUCGGGCUGCGCCCUCCUCCGUGGCGCGGCGACCCUCAAGGUGGAGAGGGGCCGUCGUGCAGCGCCGCCUUUGAUGUCUGCGUCUGGCUCGGAGACCUGAACUACCGGGUGUGUGGAAACCGCAAGAUCAUCGACUCGCUGCUACAACCGCCGAGCGAGAUGGAUUGCAGGUCGUCGCAUUGGGAGGGUGCAGGUGCUCACUGGGACAGCAUGCGAGCAGUGCUGCUCGCCAAUGACCAGCUCACGCAAGAGAGGGCGGCCGGAAGGGCCUUUCACGGCUUCCAGGAGGCACCCAUCGCCUUUCGGCCAACGUACAAGUAUGACGUGGAGAGUGAUCGCUACGACACCUCCGAGAAGUGCCGCGUCCCCGCCUAUACGGACCGCGUGCUAUGGCGGGAGAUGCAGCCGGGCUCUGUACGAGUAGAGCGGUACGACUCGUGUGCGGAGAUGCGCACAUCAGACCACCGGGCCGUCUUGGCCGAUCUCACCGUGACGUACGCGAUGGGCGACUCGCGCCUGAGCGGCAAUAAGGGGCCGAAACGUCGAGCGUUGGCGAGUUCGGCGGGUGGUGGCUACAGCGUCAGCGAGAGGGAGAGCGCCUUUUGUGCUUUGAUGUAA